UCCAAACAAAGACAAAACAAGAGUCCAGUGUUUUGAUCCUACUUAGUUCAUCUAUAAAAAUCUCAAUUUCAAAACCUCAAUUCUUCAACACUACAGAAAAUUCCUAAAUCGGGGUGCUUUUUAAGUAAAGAGGGGAAAUGGAAUCUUACCAGUACAACGGAGAGAAGGCGGCGGUGGCCAAUAAGAGGACGAUGAGGGGAAGCGACGUCGUUUUGAGGUUUCUGGCGUUGGCGCUCAGCUUGGCCGCCGCGGUGGUUCUCGGCGUCAACAAGCAGUCUACUACGGUGGCGAUGAGCCUGGUCCCCACCCUGCCGCCGGUUGAGCUUCCGGUCACCGCCAAAUGGCAUUACCUCUCUGCUAAUGUCUUCUUCGUGACGGCGAACGCAAUAGCGUGCGGCCACGCCGCCGUCUCAUUGAUCCUGACGCUGGCGACCAGGGGCGCGAGUAAGGGAAUCGCCAUAUUAGUCGUCCUCGCCGACCUUGUGAUGGUGGCGCUACUCUUUUCCAGCAUAGGCGCGGCUGGCGCCAUCGGCCUCAUGGGUUACCAAGGGAACUCGCACGUGCAGUGGAAGAAGGUCUGCAACGUGUUCGAUCGGUUCUGCCACCAGGCGGCCGCCGCCUUGGGCCUCUCCGGCGCGGCGGCGCUGGUGUUCUUCGUUUUAGUUGUGCUCUCCACACUGAAUCACUACAAAAAGCACUAAAAUUCGAACUCUCGAGUCAAACUGUAGCAAGAAAUCUAGCGUUGAAUUUUAUUUUGCCAAUUUAACAAGGUUGGCCCAUUAUGUUCAGUAAGCCCAAUUAGAAUCUAAAGCGUAAGCCCAUUAUCCACUUAUUAGGCCCAAAUGAUAAUUUAGGUAAAGCCCCACAUAAUUGAACAGUUAAGCCCACCAUAUGUCACUCUAAAUUUGAUUUGCUAUUUGAUCUCCAAUUUCCUUUAAUCUAAAUUAAAGGUUUGUUCA